GAAUUAUUCCCCGAGGGUUUCAGUUUUAGGUCGUUCUGUUGGUCUUCUAGGCAAUCAAAUAUCGACGCGGAGAAGGAGUCGAGGUAUUCUCUUGGCAACGGAACUGGAGGUGCGUAAGAAUUGACAGCGAAAGCUGUUGACGAAGUGGGAUCGAGCUCGAGUGCGAGAUGCCGACAGUAGCCGAUGCCGAACGAGCUUUAGCUCUUCUGGAACAGAUUCAGCAGUUGUUGAUUAAUUCGGGAGAUGAUGAAUUUGAUGAUGAACUAAACUUUUUGAUUGACAUUCUUGCAAGUCCAGUUUUUAAACAAUUACUGAACAUUCAGCAGUCUAUGAAAGAUUUGAAUGAGGAGCUACGAGAAGCAUCACAGAGCAUUAUAGACAGUCGAGAAAUAUCACCAGACGGUUUACUAGAAGUAAGUGAAGAAGAGCAAAGGAGACGGGCGAAUGCAAAGAGGAGACAGGACUCACUACGAAAGGUUCGACAGAUGAAGGAACAAGUGCAAAAACAGAGAGAUGCAGAAUUGAGAAAACAGCACUUUGCAGCUAAUCAGGAUUCGCUCACGGACUAUAGUUGGGAUUCUCUUGCAGAUUCGGUUGCUUUCACCGAUCAAGUCCAGCUGCGUUCUUUGGCUGAUGAAGAUGUGGAGUCAAUUACUUUGUACAAACCUCCAGGUGGAGGGCUUGGCUUCACUGUUGUUAGCUUGAGAAGUGAGAGUCGUGGAGAGUUGGGCAUCUUUGUUAAGGACAUUCAACCUGAUGGUGUUGCAGGAAGAGAUGGAAGGCUGCAGAAGGAUGACAAGAUUGUGUCUAUUAAUGAUGUUAUGUUGGAUCAAUCCGUGUCACACACCACGGCUGUUUCACUGUUGCAGAAAUCUUAUGGCGAAGUUCGACUUCGAGUUACACACUCAUCUUAUCCCAAAAGACGCAUGACGACUGUUGAGGUUCCUCUGCAAAUCGAUCUUCUCGCUCAGGAUGACGACAUAGAGUUGCUGAAUAUCUCACUGACUCAGACUGGUUCCGGGUUUGGAUUUGGAAUUGCCAUGCACAAAAGCACAGGGAGUAUAUUAAUACGAUCAGUUAUUGAAGGCAGUCCAGCUGCGCAGGAUGGUCGAUUACAGGGAGGUGACAGACUUUUGAAGAUCAACGACACACCGGUGACUGGAAUGGUGCCAGCAGAUGUUGCAAGUGUUUUGCGAGGAGUAGGAGACACGGCACACUUGACUAUCACCCGACCCAAGUCAAUACUGGAACACAACCUUGACAACCAGAGCGGGCAGAAUGGAGGAUUUGCUCUCUCGACAUCUUUAAUGGAGAAACCUGCCAUAGUGGAAGAAACUGCUGCAGUCGAAGAAGCUGCUGUAGUGGAGCAACAGACUCUGAACCAAUCUGAGCCACUUGCCAUACUUGGAUACAUGAAUGACAGUGCUGAGUAUCGGUACAUAGACGUGCAGCUUGAGAAAGAUCAGAGGGGACUUGGAAUUACAAUUGCUGGCAUCAUGUCAGAAACUGAUUCAGUAGAAGGCAUCUUUGUUCAAGCUAUAACACCCAACAGUGCAGCUGAUAGGAAUGGACAAAUCAAAGUUAAUGAUAAAAUUGUGAAGGUGAAUGGUGAGAGUGUAGAAGGACAAGAUCAUCGUUACGUAGCACAACUACUUCGUACAACAGACCGUGUUGUGAGUCUCACUGUUGCGCGGUCUCUCAACGAAGCGAGUCAGGCAUUGGAUGAUGGUUUUUCUGAUAUAAAGCGGUAUUGGAGAGAUCGUGUGAGUCCUAACAGAGAGAUCAUCGUGUCAGUGAUUGACAAGAAGACACCAGACAGCAGUUUAGGCAUAAAUGUUGAAGGUGUAUCAAACGUCGACGAGAGCGGCAACAUCAUAAUUGAUCAAAACACUCGACACUUUGUGCGUAACGUAAGAGACGGAGGUCCAGCAGCAGCAGAUGGUAUUCUUCAGGCCGGUGAUGAAUUGCUUGAGGUCGAUGGUUAUGCACUAGUGGGUGUAAUGCAUGAAGAGGCUAUUCGUAUUAUUCGUGAGUCGAACCAGUUUGUACGUGUUGUGGUUGCUCGUGGCGGAGAAAACAUCUUAGCACCUUCCUCUCCUCUGAUGGAAGGUGGUCGGUCUGGGUUGGUAAAUAGGCUGCCUAAUGGUGAACCAUCUCCUCUCUUGACUCCUCGAUGGAGACAUGAAAUCGAAGAAGUGAUGUUAGUGAAGGGUGAUGCAGGACUAGGAUUCAGCAUCUUGGAUUACCAGGAUCCGAAAGAUCAAUUGAAGACUGUUAUUGUAGUUCGAAGUGUUGUUCCAGACAAUGUUGCUGCCAAAGAUGGUCGCAUUGCUCUCGGUGACCGAAUUAUGUAUGUGAACGAGACAGAUCUUGAACAUGCAAACUUACACGAAGCUGUGGAUGCUAUUCGUUGUGCUCCCAAAGGAGUUGUUAGAAUUGGAAUAGUCAAGCCACAUCUUGAAGAAGAAUCAGAUAAGCCACCGGUGUAUGACAGUGCUAAACUAUGUCCCCCUGUAAAGUCCGAGGAAUCAGUUUCUGAACAAUUGGAAUCUUUGCAGUUGAACGGUGAGUUGAUGCUGCAUAGAAUGAACGAAAUUAUGGUUCGCAAGGGAAACACCGGACUUGGGUUGAGUGUGUCCAGAACUGAGAGCAGUGAUGGGGUAGUGGUGAGGAGCGUUUUGAAGGGUGGAGCUGUGGGUCGAGAUGGACGAAUCAGUGUUGGCGACAGAAUUGUUGAGGUGAAUGGUGAAUCUCUAGAAGGUUACACGAGUGCAAAAGCACGAGCACUUUUGAGGCGAUCAUCUCUUCGAGGGGAGGGUAUCAAGAUCAAAUACAUUAGAAAAAGUAGCACAUCACCAGAACCACCACCGUUGUCACCUGGAGUGCCGGUCACUCCGCCAGUUGAUGAGACUGAAAGUGGACAGCAGACCUCACUGGCUGCUGACAUUGCUGCUAAAGUGGCCGCAGUCGUUAUGAUAUCUGAUGACAAUCAAGAGGAGUCUACAUUCGAGAUAAAAACAGAGAAUAGUGUGGAACGUAGCGGGAGGGCUGAAACUUGGGCAGGAGAAAAGUCACAUGAUCGAGAGAGCACAAGCCCACCAGUGACUGCCAGUGAUUUGUAUCGAGCUCGUACCGUUGUCAUUGAUCGUGCGGUUGACAGUAGUCUGGGUAUCAGCGUUGUCGGCGGUCGACCGGGCAGUAGAGAUUCUGUGGUUCCACCCAUAUCGGGCAUCUUUAUUAAACACGUGAUGGAAGGAACACCGGCUGCACAGUCAGGGGAUCUAAUGGCUGGCGACCAAAUCUUGGAAGUCAAUGGAAUGUCUUUGAGAGAUGCGACACAUGACGAGGCCGUCGAUGUCAUUCGACGAGCAACAAGUCCAGUACGCUUAAUUGUUCAAACUCUGCCAGCAAGGCAACUUAAUUCGUUGAGAAGGAAAAGUCGUAGCUCAAGAUCAGGAAGUUCAUCAUCCGCUACAUCUCCACGACAUUCGAUUGUUAAAGACGAAGUCAAAGAGGAGCACCUGGAAUUGAAAUAUGAUGAUGCGUCUCUACAUGCUCGUUUUCCUAAAGUGCGUGGCACACUUAUAGCUGUCGAGAUGAUUAAAGGCGCUGCCGGCUUGGGACUCAGCAUUGCGGGAAGUGACAACACACAAGAGGAAGGAGUAGAAGUGAUUGGUGUGAAAGAAGGCGGAGCAGCAGCUCAGUCCGGUCAGUUACAAGGAGGAGACUUCAUUUUGGAGGUAAACGGAAAGUCAAUUUUGGGUCUGAAUCAUAAAGAGGCAUCACACAUUCUGAAGACUCUCCCUCCGCUUGUAAAGAUGGUUGCUUUGAGGCCAAUGCAACGACGGCAAUCCGAUCUCACUGGUCAGAUGACAUCAAUGAUGGUUUCUGUGAACACAAGUCGUGAGCCGUAUAGCCCACCACGUAGCAUUACUACACCAACAAUAGAGGAAACUACUGCUGUCAGUCAGACAUUUGGCCCAGCCCAUCAGGGAGAAGUGCCCACGGCUGUUGAAGGAUUUGAUCUCAGCACUUUCCGAAAAGUGGAAAACGUCGCUCUAGUGAAGGAUUCAUUUGGAUUGGGCCUUGCGGUUGGAGAGGGAAGAGGUUUUAAAGAUGAACGUGGGAUAUUCAUCAAGAACAUAACAUCUGAUGGAGUUGCAGACAGAGAUGGAAGACUACAAAUAGGAGAUCAGCUCUUGGCUGUUGAUGGCCAAAGUCUUUAUGGAUUGAAUGGAGCACAGGCUGGGAGCCUCUUAGUUAGUGCUGACGACCAUAUUACACUGACGGUGGCAUCAGGACCUGCAAGAAAGACUCCGUCUGUGACAGAAAAGCCGGGAACAUUACAAAUGCAAUCUCCGGAUGGCGUCGUGUCAAGCCAAUUUUUGUACAAUCCUGUUGUACCCGGAGUUGAGACAACUGUUGAAUUAGUGAAGGGUCAGUCUGGUCUGGGUGUAAGUAUAGUUGGUGGGACCGACACACCUCUGGGAUACAUUGUUAUUCAAGAGGUACACGAUGAUGGUGCUGCAGCUGUGGAUGCUCGGUUGAAGCCACAUGAUCAAAUAUUGGAGGUUGACGGUCACGAUCUUCGCGAUGCAGUUCAUGAUCAGGCAAUAAGCGUUUUAAGGCAAACUGGUAACUUGGUCAGGUUGACCGUUUUGCGUCCCACAGAUGAGUCAUCGCUCUCACUUGAGCCCAUGAAUGUUGAAACUGUAAGACUGCUUAAAGUGCCUGGUCAAAACUUGGGUAUCAGUCUUCUUCCUGCCAGGGAUAGACCGGGGAUUUUUAUUACAGAUAUAAUUCCACAUAGUCUUGCCGAUCAAGAGGGACGACUGCAAGUUGGUGAUCAGAUACUUUCUGUUGACAACAUAGACAUGACGAUGGCAUCACACUUUGAAGUGGCUCAGGCACUGAAGGCUAGUGAGGGAGAGGUGGUUAUUACAGUUGCUCGAAAUCAGUGGGAAGAAUUUGGUUUCAAUGGCACAGCAAUGCAGACAGCUUACAGUCCCAACGUGACUCGAACUCCGGAGUUGUCUCGGUUUUCAUCAUUCGGCAAGCUACAGCAGCCGAUGGCAAGAGUUCCCAGUGGACAUAUUUCAGUACCAAGGGAUGUUUUCAAAGUGGUAUUAGAACGGGUUAGUCCUCAAGAACCAUUAGGUCUGGGGAUAUCUGGUGGAAUUCACAUUCAACCUGGCAACGUUCCUGUUUUUAUCACCAACGUCAAACCGGAUGGUGCUGCUGCUAGGAAUGGGCAGUUGAGAGCUGGAGAUGCAAUAUUGGAGAUCAAUGGUCACUCGCUUGAGUCUCGGUCUCACGUAGACGCUGUUGACAUCUUAAAGUCGAGUGUGGGGUCGGUCCAAAUGAAAAUUUCUCGAGAAAUUGCUCCAGUACCACUAUCACCCCAACUGUCUCCAUAUGCAGUGAGAAACACAGUCCCAAUUUCGGAUUCAAAUCGCUUGAACAUCAUUACUCUGACACGAGGACCUGAGGGCCUGGGAUUUAGUGUAGUCGGUGGUCGAGGCAGCCAACAGGGUGACCUACCUAUCUAUGUGAAGUCUGUGUUUGAAAAGGGUGCUGCUGCGCAUGAUGGGCGAUUGAAACGUGGCAAUCAAAUACUAGCUGUCAACGAUGAAAGUCUGGAUGGUGUGACACAUGACGAAGCCGUGCAGAUUCUAAAGAAGUGCAAGGGUGAGAUCAAGCUCACUGUUCUCAAUUAACUCGAAAUUAGCAUCUCCAAUAAAUUUUCACAAGUAAUUGUAUAGGCUGCUGAAACUUGGCUUUUAUGGCAGUAGUGAAUGACGCUGUCAAUUUGUUGUCAGUUUGGAUCCUUUUAGCAGAAAUUUGGCUGAGUUAUUGUUUUAUGGUAGAUCAUUUCUCCACAAUUGAGUAGUUGUUUACUUAAGACUCGAUUUCCUGACGAGAAUUGAGGUAGUUGAUUGUGUAUAA